CAGUCAAACCGGAUUCCUUAGGGGAAAGCGCACAAAUCACUCCCAUUUUAACAGGGGGGAAAACACGGGAUCCUCAUCCACAAGGGUCCACCUUUCUUUCUCGCAUCCUGUUUCUCAUUCAUUUCCUUUAAGGAGAGAAAGAUCUCUGUUGAAAAAAAAGAAAAAAAAAACUUGUCACUGGAUGAUGAUGACAGUUGAUCUAGCAGUCUGAAAGCUGUAGUUGAUCCUAUUGUUUCUGAAACUGACAUCAGAUCUGUUUAUUAAGGCUUUUCUUAAUACAGAAGGGACAGCAACCAACCCUCAAGUAUUGUUUUUUUCUGACUUGCAGUCAUUUCUUUUUUUUUUCCUGGUGAUUGUGCCUAUCUACAAACCUGGAUUCUGACAGCGUGGUCCCCCUCUCCUGAUAUCUUUUCUUAUAUACACGUUACAUCAUUCACUGGUGAUUUGAAGGAAACAAGGUCGGGAAAAGAAAAGGUUGUUUUCAUGUUUGGGAUUCAGGAAAACAUUCAAAGGAGUGGGAGCAGCAUGAAAGAAGAACCCAUCGGGACGGGGAUGAAUGCAGUCCGAACAUGGAUGCAGGGAGCCGGGGUACUGGAUGCAAAUACAGCCGCUCAAAGUGGAGUGGGUCUAGCCCGGGCUCACUUCGAGAAACAUCCGCCUUCCAACCUGAGGAAAUCCAACUUUUUCCACUUCGUGCUGGCCCUAUACGACAGACAAGGACAGCCAGUGGAGAUUGAAAGGACUACUUUCUUGGGAUUUAUAGAAAAGGAAAAAGAAUCUAGUGGUGAAAAAACUAAUAAUGGAAUACAUUAUAGACUACAGCUCCUCUACAGCAAUGGUAUUAGAACAGAGCAGGACUUCUACGUGAGGCUGAUUGAUUCCAUGACCAAACAGGCUAUUAUUUAUGAAGGACAAGACAAAAAUCCUGAAAUGUGCCGUGUUUUACUCACACACGAAAUAAUGUGCAGCCGCUGCUGCGACAAGAAGAGCUGUGGCAACCGGAACGAGACGCCCUCGGACCCUGUGAUAAUUGACAGGUUCUUCUUGAAGUUCUUUUUGAAAUGCAACCAGAAUUGCCUAAAGAAUGCUGGGAAUCCUCGGGACAUGCGCAGGUUCCAGGUUGUUGUUUCCACAACAGUAAACGUGGACGGCCAUGUCCUCGCGGUCUCAGACAACAUGUUUGUGCACAACAACUCAAAGCAUGGGCGGAGGGCUCGGAGGCUCGAUCCCUCUGAAGGUACGCCCUCUUAUCUGGAACAUGCCACGCCAUGCAUCAAAGCCAUCAGCCCCAGCGAGGGAUGGACUACGGGAGGGGCUACAGUCAUCAUAAUUGGAGAUAAUUUCUUUGACGGCUUGCAAGUCAUAUUCGGUACCAUGCUGGUCUGGAGUGAGCUCAUCACUCCCCAUGCAAUUCGAGUGCAAACCCCACCGAGGCACAUCCCCGGGGUGGUGGAAGUCACACUGUCCUACAAGUCCAAGCAGUUCUGCAAGGGGACCCCCGGGAGGUUCAUCUACACAGCUUUGAAUGAACCAACCAUUGACUACGGCUUCCAGAGGUUACAAAAGGUCAUCCCUAGACAUCCGGGCGACCCUGAGCGUUUACCAAAGGAGGUUAUACUGAAACGAUCUGCAGAUUUAGUCGAAGCUCUGUAUGGCAUGCCACAUAACAACCAGGAAAUCAUCCUGAAGCGGGCAGCAGACAUUGCAGAAGCCCUCUACAAUGUCCCUCGGAACCACAACCAGCUCCCAGCGCUCAGCAACACGUCUGUGCACGCAGGAAUGAUGGGAGUGAAUUCCUUCAGCGGCCAGCUAGCCGUCAACGUGUCAGAGUCUACCAACCAGGGUUUCACUCGGAACACGAGCAGUGUGUCGCCUCACGGGUAUGUGCCAAGCCCCACACCUCAGCAGACGAACUAUAACUCAGUGACAACAAGUAUGAAUGGAUACGGCAACACUGGUAUGUCAAACCUGGGAGGAUCGCCAAGCUUUCUCAAUGGAUCAGCUGCCAACUCACCCUAUGCCAUUGUGCCAUCCAGUCCUACCAUGGCCUCCUCAACCAGCCUGCCCUCCAACUGCAGUAGCUCCUCCGGGAUCUUCUCAUUCUCACCCGCCAACAUGGUGUCUGCCGUGAAACAGAAGAGCGCCUUCGCCCCAGUGGUGAGACCGCAGACCUCGCCGCCACCCACGUGCAGCAGUGCCAACGGCAACAGCCUGCAAGAUCAGUCUUUUGUGGACUCUAGCAAGUACUCCACUGCAGGCUCACUUCAGGGCCUGGCCUUCUCCUGAACUAUACCUGGAAUGAUUGUUCCUCCAAUGUAGAAGAUGAAGCAACGAAGGGGAUAGAAAACAACUUUGAAGACGAUUACUUUUUUUUAUCUCCAGAAGGAGGUUGACCACAGGUCCCAGCAAGGAGCAGAACUUAUAACUCAGGCCUUUUUAAAAAGGAAUCACAUAAAAAAAAAAAAAAUGAAAAAAAAAUAUUA